GCUCGCUUGACCUCGGCUCGUUGACAGGAGGGAGUAUCCCGAUGGAUGGAUAACCUUCCUUAGCUGCUCGUUGCUCUCCCACUGGCCACUGCUCUCGUCUCGUCUCGUCUCGCCUGCUGGAACUGGAAUCCGCGGAACCGCAGCUGCUGCAAGUGCGAGUUUCCCCGGCCCAGGCCACCAGCGCGGCAGCGCCCAGCGACGAGCUGAUUCUACUGCACGCGGCCACGCGUCAUCAUGCCGUCGAUGGCGGCGCCGGCGGUGUCUGCUCCAAGCUCCCUCCGCAUUUCGCGCCAGGGGAUGAUCGGAGGAGGAGUAGGACAAGGAUGGGGAGAACGGUGCCGCUACGGGUCACGGUCUCAGAGGGCUAUCCGCGGCGCCACUGUUUCUGCCAGAGCUUCCAUGAACAUAACAUGCUGUGCAAACCAGACACAAACGGCGCAGCGCAAAUCGUAUUCGGGGCCAACCUCUCCACCAUCAGGUUCAGUUAAAGAGAAGGUGAAGCCUAGGCUUGAUGAUGGAGGCGUCGGGUUUCCGCCAUUCCGGUUCGGUGGAGGAGGAGGCGGUGGGGGUGGGGGUGGCAGCAGCUCUUCUGGUGGGUUCAUCCUCUUUGUGAUCGUCUUGCUCCUGGAUUACCUGAAGGAGUUUGAGAGGAAUCUGCAGAAUGGCCCACGGAGGGGUAGUGAUUAUGACGAUGGGUUUGCACCACAGUAGAUUUCUCUCUCAGUGGUUCGGAAAAGAACAUAGAAGAGCAUGUUUUGCAGGGACACUUUGGUGCUUGUUGGUGUAAAUCUUUUUGCUACGUAAUGUAUUGAAAGACUGGGAAUUUUUCUGGAGGAAUUGUAGUGAGAGUAGCAAAUUUUAGUCAUUUGACUGAAUUUGUAAUGUUGAGAUCGAACUACAAGAGCCAUUGACACCUGAAACUUCAAAGUAACUCCUUAAGCAGGUUCGUGGGAAGCCAUUUUCCUGUA